ACGUCGUGUCAGGGACUUUAGAGCAUUAACUUCAUGCUCUGCCGAUGAGGACACUGAGGACAGAAGGGCUACGUCACUGGUUCAAGGUCACAGAGCUGCCCAGGAAGAAGACCCUGAAUGUGACCCCAGCCCUCCAGCCCCAAAGGUCACCUUCUGAGUCAGCAGGUUAAGCAGCUGAUGAGACGCUGAUACACGGGGGAGGGCGUGGAGAGGAGACACCAAUGACUGUAUGUACAUUAUGUUCUAACUGUUCCCAUGUGAGAGCCAGACAUUAGGACACUAGUCUGUGUGACGGGAGAGUUCUGGGCAUUUUGGGAAGAGCAAUGUCGCUUCCCCUCCUGGAGACCCCGCGCCCCUUCCAACGAGCAGCUGAGGCUUUCCCUCCGCAGGCCCCUUCUUCUCCAGCCCGAAACCCUGGCGGGCGGCCUUCGGGGUGACCCUUGUGUCUCUGCUGGGGAUCCUGGUCGGGGCGGUGAUCUAUUGGUGUCGACAGCAGGAGAGAAUCCGGGCCUUGAGCCAGUGGGAGCGAAUCGCCAAAGAGAAGCUGCAGGAGGAACUCAGAAGGAUGAAGCAGGAGUACCUGGCGCCGGACGUGAUUCUGGAUCCCGACACUGCGCACCCCAACCUCCUUAUUUCUAAGGAUCAGAGGAGUCUGAAGAGGAUAAAACAAAGGCAGAGCCUGCCAGACAACCCCAGGAGAUUUCAAUAUCGUUUCUGUGUGCUGGGCCAUCAGAGACUCAGCUGUAAUGAAGACCUAUCAGGUGCCUUUAUUCUGUGGUUUUCAGCUGGGAGUGCCAAGGGCCCCUUCUUCUCCUGUGCGAAGCCCUGGCAGGUGGCUGUGGGGGUGACUCUCCUGGCUCUGUUUGGAACCCUGGUCGGGGCGGUAUUCUUCUGGCGACAAUACAAGAAAAUCUGGGCCUUGAGCCAUGAGAAGGAGAGCGAGCGAGCUGAGAAAGAAGCAGCACAGGGGAAGGAGCAACAAGAGCGAAGCGCCAAAGAGACGCUGGAGUUGUUGCUCAGGUGGACAAAGCAGCAGAUCAUAGCGGGUGACAGGUCUCAGGCCUAUGCUGGUGAGUGACUCAUGCUCUCUGGUUCCUGCACUUGUGUACAAAACCCU